AUGUCCUUGGAGCAGCAGGAUCUAGCAGUUCCCAGUGACGUGGGCACAUUUGGGGCUUUGGCGCCCUACGGUGGAAAGGAGGAGGAGCAGCUAGAAAAGCAGAAGCUUAGAAAAGGUGGGAAUGUGGACUUGAAUGCAGGCCUGUCUGAUUCCAGAGCCACAGCCUUGAGUAGGCAAGGAGGCUAUGAUUAUCUAAGACGUGCCCAGGGUAGCAGUACCUUAUGCAAACUCUUUGCCCGUUUUCUACCCCUUGUAGGAAACGUGGUGUUUGGAGAGCCCAUCACUGCCAGCCUUGGCACAGAUGGAACCCAUUACUGGAGCAAGAACUGGGCCAAGGCAGCUGCAUUUGUGACAUCCCCACCUCUGAGUCCUGACCCGACCACUCCUGACUACAUCAACUCCUUGCUGGCCAGUGGGGACCUGCAGCUCUCAGGCAGUGCCCACUGCACCUUCAGCACCGCCCAGAAAGCGAUCGGGAAGGACAACUUCACGGCCAUUCCUGAAGGCACCAAUGGGGUGGAGGAGCGGAUGUCUGUCAUCUGGGACAAGGCGGUGGCCACAGGGAAAAUGGAUGAAAACCAGUUUGUGGCUGUGACGAGCACAAAUGCUGCAAAGAUCUUCAACCUGUACCCCCGCAAGGGAAGGAUAUCUGUGGGUUCCGACAGCGACCUGGUGAUCUGGGAUCCAGAUGCUGUGAAGAUCGUCUCUGCCAAGAACCACCAGUCGGCUGCGGAGUAUAACAUCUUUGAAGGCAUGGAGCUGCGCGGGGCUCCCCUGGUGGUCAUCUGCCAGGGCAAGAUCAUGCUGGAGGAUGGCAGCCUGCACGUGACCCAGGGGGCUGGCCGCUUCACCCCCUGCAGCCCCUUCUCCGACUAUGUGUACAAGCGCAUUAAAGCCCGGAGGAAGAUGGCAGACCUGCACGCCGUCCCGAGGGGCAUGUAUGACGGCCCGGUGUUUGACCUGACCACCACGCCCAAGGGGGGCACCCCCGCAGGCUCCACCCGGGGCUCCCCCACUCGGCCGACCCCACCCGUGAGGAACCUCCAUCAGUCGGGAUUUAGCCUGUCAGGUGAGUCGGAAAAGCUGAUGGUGACCCUUAAUGAGAAAGGGAGGAGAGAAGGGGGAAGGGGACUCAGUGCUCCAAGCUAACGGUGGUCCUUGGAG